AUGUCAAGAUCCGUUAAUGAAAUCAUAACAGAUUUAACAUCAUUUAAUCCUCGAACAGCUACAGCGCAACAUCGUCUGUCACAUGAUUGUUAUAUGAUAUUGGUAGGUUAUGUAGACGAUAAGAAACAAUUAGCCAAGUUAAAACAUAUGAUCGAAUCCCUUGGAGAAACAACUACCGAUGAGUAUGGAGCAGCAGCUAGUCUUGCUGUUAUGGAAUGUGAAAAUGUGGAAUUUAUCAUUGAACAUAUUGUUUUAAGAUAUAAUUCCGAGGAACUACUAGAUGCCCGCAAUGAACAUUUCGUUUAUGAAGAUAAUUUUAAUGGUGCUCUUACUAGCUUUAUUGCAGAAACAGCAUCAUUACAAAAACUGAGGAAAAUCUGCCGCUACUACGAAAAUAGACGAGGUAUAAAUGUGGAUAAUGUGAUUGCAGAACAUGAUGCACGUGCUGCUAGUUCGAGUAAACAUUUCCUUGAAAAAGGUUUAUCUAAAGAUGAAGCUCUAGCCGCAGCAUUUGCAAUAUCGUUCUACACUGGAUCGAAAAGUGAAGCAUGUAGCAGAGGUGCUAGUCUAAUUGCACGACAAAGUAAUGGAGUAGUUAUCGAUGAUAAAACAGUACAGGAAUUGAGUGAAGCAUCGAUCAUUCUCUAUUAUCUAGUAAAAGCUUUAUCACAAAUACCAUAUUAUUGGGGUUAUGUAACACGAGCUUGUCAAUUGAAAGAUGCUGAAUUAGAAAUGUAUGCUGCUGGUGCUUUAAUUACAUGGAUUCAAUUUAGUAGCUCAAAAAAAGGCAAAAAAGCAGCUAAUAACGGUGACUUCUCAAAUAGAAAUACAUUUUUCAAAAUCUAUUCUUUAACUGGUCGUCCUAUCCAACAAUUUUCGAAUUAUCCAGAGGAAGACGAAGUUUUAUUUUUACCACAUUCGACCUUUCUCGUUUUCAAACACUCGGUUAGCCACCAUGGCACGCAACAUACAAUUUACAUGCGUCAAGUUGAGCUAGGUCUAUCUGCAUGGUCUGUACUAUGGGUUGACGACAACAUAUUCAAUGCUAAAUGGGAAAAUAAAGCGCACAUGGAAUUUGCAGCGGCUAAAGAACUAAACAAGAAUGUGCAUUUUAUCCCCAAGUCAUCGACUGAAAAUGCUCUAUCUUUUCUGCGAUCUCCAUUCGGACAAAUUCUGAAAAAUCGAGAUAAAUUUCGUAUUGUUACAGAUAUGCAUCGUGACAAUGAACAGUCACCCCAUAAUGCUGGUUCACGUUUGAUCAAAGGACUAAGACAACUUGGCUUUCGACAGGCGUGCUUUGUGUUUACAAUGCAAAAAGAUCGAUGUGAUCAAAUCUUGAAAGAUGAACUGAACACACGAGAACGUCAAAAUGUAACAGUAUCAAUUAAUACACUUGAUUUAAGAGAAUUUGUCAACUUUCAAUGA